UCAACGUCCAUCUCGAACGUCGAAAGCCCCGGUCUUCAUUGAUGCAAUCGGGUCACAUUGCCAUCUGCUACAAUGGCUACUGCGCAAGCCCAGACGUACGCUCCGACCAAGGUCGUCAAGAGUGACUACCCGCUCAUCGACAACGAUCCUCAUUUUAAGAGAGUUAUUGGCUAUGCCCGGCCUUCGGACUAUCUCCACGGAGCCGUAGCUGCCGCCUUCGGUCCCGCAGCUCUCCUCACCCUCGAGAAGUUCGCUCCUUCCCAUGUCGGCAAGGGAGGCAUGGCCCAGGCAAUGCGACUGGCUGGUGCCGUUGGCUUGGCUGGAGGCUUCCUCUACUUCUACCAGCGCUCGAGCUUACGAUUCUAUGGGGCUACUGAAAACGCACGUGAGGUUGAAAUGGAUAUGAAGGAGAUGGUGGCAAAGGUCAAGGCUGGCGAGCCGCUUUACGGAGCGAGCAGGCUCACACCCCACAUGCAAGGUGUCGCCGCGCGGCAGUCGAGGUAUUCGGCCUUAUUCAUGGGUGUCGUACCCUGGUUUAACUUUGUCAACCACAACCAGCACGGCGUCGACACAGCCAAAUACUAUCAGCAAGCUGAAAGAGAGCUUGAGUCUGAGCGUUUGCAGAAUAGCAGCUCAUGAUCUCGAUUGUUGCCGGCGUUGGCAGGGAUAGACUCAGCAUUGGUGUAUGUAUUAUAACUGGGCAGGCAAGUGGCAACCCAAGACUGAGCACCUAUAUAGUCGAAGCUGUGGUUUUGUUUUUCUGUUCUG